GUCCUCGCCGUUACAUCCUCUGACGUUCACCGUUUUCUCAUUCGGUCGAAGCGCCCGUAACUCUCUCUCUCUCUCUCUCUCUGAAAUCACAUAUAUUGCACAAAUAUUACACAGUGACCAGCAAGCUCAGAGAAGAGAGAUUGCUUCUGGUCUUUAUCAGUAGCGGGUGGAGUGGAAGUGGCGGUUGGGAUUUCCUAUACGCAGGUUCUUUUCCCCCGGCCAAUUUUCCGCCUUCCUUUCUUUCCGCCUGAGACUUUCCCAGCAAUCUAGCUCUCAACUCAACUCGGAGACAAGGAGAGAUAAUGAGAGGAAGAAAAGUGUGUGUUUUUACAUGAUGGAUAGUUGAGGGGUGUGUGCUCUCAUUUGCCUGCUUCUCUGUUAUUUAAUGCUAUCUCUUUCUCCUUUCUUCCAUUCUUCAGUCGUUCCUUCUCUCCUACUUUCUUUCCACUUUUGUCCACCUCUUCCUCACAAACACCUGCAUUUCUUCUCCUCGGGAUCUGAUCCAUUCACACUUGCUCCGACAAUCUUGACACUUUAACCAGAAGUACAAACUAUUUUCUCAUUCUGGAAUCAGGGUUCAACUCCCGAGGAAAACUAGUGUUUCUUGUUUGACCUUUCUUUUAGAGCUGCCGGUUUUUCUGGCUUCUUGUUUUUGUGUAGUAUUUGGAAGAAAUUCAGAAAAAAGCCGCCGUGUGGAGUCUCUAUCGUUUGCUGCUUGAAGAAACCAGGUUGAGUUGACCCAGAUCUUGUACGCAGGGGCUUAAGUCAGCACCACAGAAUCCUAGUCACGCCAAAACUUGUCGGGGAGGACCAACUCGUUGUUGUUCUUUUCAUCUAUUUUGUUCCUCUUAAGGAGAAUAUGAAUAGUUUUUCACAUGUUCCUCCGGGUUUCCGGUUCCAUCCAACAGAUGAAGAACUUGUUGAUUACUACCUUAGAAAAAAAAUUGCUUCAAGGAGGAUUGACCUAGAUGUCAUUAAAGACAUCGAUCUCUAUAAGAUAGAACCGUGGGAUCUUCAAGAGAAAUGCAAGAUAGGAACAGAAGAACAAAAUGAAUGGUAUUUUUUUAGCCAUAAGGAUAAGAAGUACCCAACUGGAACUCGCACUAAUAGAGCCACAACAGCAGGGUUUUGGAAAGCAACAGGAAGAGACAAGGCUAUUUACUCCAGGCAUAAUUUGAUUGGCAUGAGAAAGACCUUAGUCUUUUAUAAAGGUCGAGCUCCAAAUGGACAAAAGUCAGAUUGGAUUAUGCAUGAGUAUCGUCUUGAAACAAAUGAAAAUGGGACACCUCAGGAAGAGGGGUGGGUGGUUUGUAGGGUGUUCAAGAAGCGGAUAACAACAAUGCGGAAAGUGAGCGAACAUGAAUCUCCUUGUUGGUAUGACGAGCAAGUCUCAUUCAUGCCAGACCUCGACUCGCCAAAAAGGAUUAUUGCUCAGCCUCAGCCUGAUCAUAUGCCCUUCCACCAACCUUAUUCCUGCAAGCAAGAGCUCGAGUUGCAGUAUCACAUGCCUCAUGACGCCUUUGUCCAGCUCCCUCAACUAGAGAGCCCCAAACUUCCGCAUUCAGUAGCCAGUGUUCGUUGUAACUCCAUGGCUGGAUACGUCCUUGACAUUAAUAACCAUGGAAGCAGUCUUCAGUCCUCCCUCACGCAAGAAGAACAGAUGCAGAAAAGCCAUCAUCAGCACAAUGUGAAUAACUCCCUCUACAACAACAACAACAACAGUAAUGAACAAGCAGUGGAUCAAGUGACUACUGACUGGCGGGUUCUUGACAAGUUUGUUGCAUCUCAACUCAGCCAUGAACAUGCCUCCAAGGAAACAAAUUAUUCCAAUGCUGCCAAUGUCUUUCACGUAUCUGACCAAGUGAGCAUUCUAGUCAGACAGCCAAACAAGCAACAACUGGCACCCGAAUAUGCUUCCACAUCCACCUCUAGUUGCCAAAUUGAUCUGUGGAAGUGAUAUCUACGUACUGCAGUAAAUC